GCGACCACCGUGAAAACCGUGAGCAUGGAGGGGACCGACGCAACUCUGAGCGAGGGAGAAGUCGAGGUCCUUUGACGUGCUACAACUGCAGGAAACAUGGGCAUUACACUAACCAAUGUCCAUAUCCCCGCAGACAAUCAUCGACAGCAAAUCGUGCUCGAUCGAUGUCGACCUUGGAAAUGCUAAGCGUGUUGCGUCAAACAACCCACAACAAUCUAAAGUUGCGGAGAUUGGGAGGAGCGUUGUUGCAGUUUGUCAGUAUGUUGAGAAUGAACAACAGAAGAGGGCAGCUAAGGAAAAGAGGAAGGCCGACCGCAAGGAUGCAGCUGAACAUUUGGAAGUCGAGCGGAGAGAAGCUGAGCUAAAAGAAAGGGGUAAGGAGGAGAAGUAUCGACGGGAAGCUGAGCGAGUUGAAACAUUGAAGAAGGAGAUGGAUAUCAAGGUGGCGAUGCAAGUGGAUGAACUGCGUGAAAACGUGCGUGCCGGUAUCAAACACGAGAUACGUGAUGCUAUCAGUGAGUUGUGCAUGGCGGUGACGAAAGAAAAACAGAAGCAAGUGUACCACGAGAGCAGUGAUUCUGAAAGCAGCGCAAGCAACACUGAGACGAAGGAGCUAAGCACUACAACUCGCAACCUUUGUAUUAAAGAGAAGCGGAAACGAGGGGAGGAACUUGUCUUCGAGGACAACCCUCUUAUAAAGUUACCCCCGAAGUGUACACUGAUUAAGGCGAGCAGACCUGCGAAUCUAACAACAGGUUUCACACGAUCGAAGACCAGGAAGACACCAAGUUUCAUCAGGAAGAAGAAGAUUCUAGCACUGUUGGAGCAGUCGGACGUCUGAAGUUUGAGAAACAAGUAAUGCACGAAUUGAAGUGCUUGGAUGCUUUGGUACUACAGAACGUGUAUAAGAAUGUAGGAAUCCUUUACAACGGGAAGUUCGAAGCGAUUUUUUAUAUAGCACCACAACGGACACGUUUCGCGUAUGGCACUGGGGAUGAGGAUGAGGUUGGGACUUCAAAUGAAGCUCGGCCAGAAGU